AUGGGGCUCGCAUACAACACCUAUCUCAACAGCAAUAAAAUCUACGGCUGCAAAACGUGCAAGACUCACCUCGCCAACCACGAGGACAUUAUCAGUAGAAACUUUCGCGGCCAGCAUGGCAAAGCCUACCUCUUCCACAACGUCGUCAACGUCGAUGCCGGCGAGCCCAACGAGCGCAACAUGACGACGGGCCGCCACGUCGUCCGCGACAUCACCUGCCGCCAAUGCAAAGAGACGGUCGGCUGGAAGUACGACAAGGCAUACGAGAACUCGGAAAAGUACAAGGAGGGCAAGUUCAUCCUCGAAGCGGAGCUUCUCUGCAACGUCGCGUGA